AUUCCCUAGAUUUCCCUUCCUUCGUAGCAUGGAAGAGAAGUGAAGCAGGGUAAAAAAAUGGACAUGGACGAUGAUUCCAGAAGCAUGUUUGCAUUCGAUGGCAAUUCAAAUGCUAGUUUAACAAAUUUAAUGUUACCAGUUUAUCAUGAAGAGAAGAUCACGAACAUUCAAGAUUACCUAGAUGGUAGUAUCGACUUAAAUACCUGUUUUGGUGAUGACUUGAACACAUCCGAUAAAAGUGUAAGUUCCCUGCAAAAUUUAACAACACCGACCGAAAGCACCGAUCAGGACAUUGAAAAUGAAGGGUAUAUCCAGCACACUAUUUCUGCCAAUGAGAUUUGCAUGCAAAUCAAUCCAGGUUCUUCAAAUUGUAUGCCCAGUCAACCAAGUCAUGCAACACUGACCAUUGAAUCUGUCAACUCUGAAACAGAUGAAAGGACCAAAAAACGCUUCCGUUGCAGGUUUGAAGGAUGCCCACGAACUUACAGCUCUGCUGGUAAUUUGAAAGCUCACACCAAAAGUCACACAGGUGAAUAUACUUUCAAGUGUACGGAAGAGGAUUGUGGGAAAGCUUUUCUCAAUUCUCACAGUCUCAAGAUCCAUGUUCGGGUGCACACCAAAGAUCGUCCCUAUGGCUGUGAUAUUGUGGGAUGUGAGAAAAAUUUCAACACACUCUACCGCCUGAAAGCUCACCAAAGGGUGCACAACGGCACCACUUUUAAAUGUGAACAAUCUGGAUGUGUAAAGUUCUUCACCACUCUCAGUGAUCUCCGUAAACACAAGCGCGUACAUUCAGGAGACCGGCCAUUUAAAUGUGAACAUGAAGGUUGCAUGAAAUCUUUUCGCAAUAGCCAUCACCUGAAAUCGCAUUUGUUAUCUCAUACGGGUGAGCGACCUUAUGCCUGCAGUGACUCCGGGUGUGGUCGGACGUUCGCCAAACGCAAUUCUUGGAAGUUACAUUUGAUCAAGCACAAGAAUUCUUCCUCCCAAAAUGGCGAUGUCAACUCAUGCGACGAAACGAUCGGGCGCCAAGUGCUUAAUUCGGUCAAUCCUGAUGAAAUUCGAUUGACUACCGUUCCUUCUGUAGAUGGGGUCCAAGCGUAUGCUGUGAUUCCACUGAGCGCUGAAAGCGUGAACCGAAUGACGCAACGGAGCGGGAUGAGUCUCGAACAGCUUCUGACUGAUCGCAAUUUAGCGUUGCAACCUACAGAAUCUAUCGAUCCAUUGGUAGAAUCAUCUCCUUCCGCCAUUACUGAAGACAGGUCCCAAUCCAUGCAGGACAAAGCUUUUGAUGAAACAGAGGUACCUACCGAUGGUGCUGGUAUUACAGACAUGUACCAAACGGACAUAGUAACGGCAGCUGAUACUCGAGCUAUAAGUGACCUUGGAAAUAUAUGCAGUCCCCAGAUCGACCAGCCAGAGCAUCUUCUAAAUGAGGAUCACGAUCGAUUGCUGAAAGAUGUGGCAGCGGCUGUUGAUAUUUGCCAUUGCAAUCCAUGUCGCUGUGACCCUUUGCUCAAUGAUUGCACUGUCUCAUGCAACCCGGUUUUGGAUUCUUCAUCGAUGGAUGAUUCCAGCCAACCGCUAACGACAGGAAAAGGUUGCGGCUGUGGUUGUGGUAAAAAACCUACCAACGAACCCGUGGCGAAUAAAUCAGCAAGUCGGAUGACCGGAUGCGGUUGUAAUUGUGGACCAUCAAAUUCAGCACUCGAAAAUAACGUAGAACUCAACCCAGUCCAGCAUCCGGCUUCUAUAUCUUCGUGUCAUCAAACUGAAGCUAUGCCUUGCUCAGAGUCAUCGGAUGCAGAUCCUUGUUGCAUUGUCGUUUGUUUGAAACACCUCAAACGACAAUUUUUAAUGGAUCGACCUAAAUGCUGUGCUUGAAAAAAAAUAAUUAAUCUACUUAUCUUAACUUCUUCACCUUAUCGUUGUUGGCUAUCUUCUGGGAACAAAGGAAAAAAGAAAUCAAGUCACGUUUUAACUGUUCCUGCCUACAGUUUUCCCCUCCUCUUCUGCUGUUACACCAUUCUUAAAAAUUAGCAUCUUUUCUUCCCUGUUAUCUUACUAUACGUUUGGUGCCGGGUUUUCUUCAUUUCCAAUUUUUGAUGUCGAAAAUGAUCCUCCUCUUCUGUUGCUGUAUGUUUCCAAGCGGCGAUUGAUCUUCUCAGACCAGCUGUUGUGUGUUAGAUGUGUAUUCUCUCCCCCAUCAAACAGUUGCAUUUCAUAGCAUAGCCAUAUGCAAAUUAACUGUCAUUCAAAGAGAGGAGCUAUAUAAACGGAAUUAGAAUAA